AUGACGUCAGAGAUUUCCUGCAAUCCGCAGUUCAUUGGAGACCACCUGCCGUUAUCUGUUGCCAUUCGGGAAGGUCAUGAAGAAAUGGUUGAGCUCCUGUUGAAACAUGGUGCUGAUCCGAAUGUCGACAACUAUAGGGAUAUAUCACCCCUAGUUCAUGCUGCCGAAAAAGGAAAUUCAAACAUAAUCAAGUUACUUCUUGCAUAUGGUGCGGAUAUAAACUUGGUACCAGUCAAUGGAAGCGUCACCAAAAGUGCAUUACAUUGUGCCGUCGUUCGCGAAAACUUGGAUGUUGUCAAAUUAUUAUUAGACAACAUUAUGAUCGACGUCAACACUGUAAUCGCCAACAAGAUGACAGCUCUUCAUUCCGGAGCUCUAUUCGUCGAUGACAACUUUAAUGUUGUACAGCAUCUGCUUGAUGCUGGUGCUGACGUCAAUGCAGUCAAUGGAUCUGGUCAUUCGGCAUUAGACAUAUCAUGUCUAAAAUGUUCGACAGAAAUUGAGUCAAUGAUACUAAAGCACAUAGUCAAACUUAGUGCGACUAAUUUUUAUGUAUCAAAAAAAAAUUUGGCUGAGUUAUUAACUUAA